AUGGGCGAGGGACUGGGAGACGGCACCUUGGAGAAGUGGGCAUUUGGGAGAAUUGGGGUACUGGCCAGUUCGCUGGAUGGCUUGGCCGCCGUCGGGCUCGAAGUGGGCCAGCACGGGGGGUCGAGGGGGCACACCCUUCCCAUGGAGGGGGGAGGGGGCUUUCGAUGGGGGAUCCUUCUAGGCAUGCCCCCUUCGCCCCGGCGUCGAGAGGGGGGGCCCCUGCCAUGGUGGGCCGGACAGGAUGAUUUUGGAUACUCGCCAGUUCGCUCGAUAUUUUGCCACUGGGCUGGAGGGGGCACGCCUUCCGGGGCCUGGGGCCGGGGGGGGGCAUUCGAUGGGGGGGUCCUUCUAGGCAUGCCCCCUUCGCCCGGCGUCAAGAGGGGGGGGCCCUGCCAUGGUGGGCCGGACAGGAUGAUUUUGGAUACUCGCCAGUUCGCUCGAUAUUUUGCCACUGGGCUGGAGGGGGCACGCUUUCCGGGGCCUGGGGCCGGGGGGAGGUACUUCUAG